GUGAAAGUACUGAAACGAAUUGAUUCAUUAAUCUCCAUGACAUAGUGAGCUGUGCCAUGGCUAUGACGUCAUCAUUCUAGCAACAUGGCGGCCAAGACGUAUACUGUACUUAUAUUGGAUACUGGACCUGCUAUGUGUCAUGCAAGACCUGGUGCAGAUGAAACCCCCUUGGAAACCUCUUUAAAAGCCAUCAAAUUGAUCCUUGCAAGAAAGAUGUUCACGUCACCAAAAGAUGAAGUGGCCAUAGUGCUAUUUGGCACUGAGGAAACUGAUAAUGAGUUAGCAGAUGAUACAGGUGGCUAUAAACAUGUGAAAGUUAUGAAGACAUUUGCCUGCCCAGAUUUAGAGCUACUACACAAAGUUCAUAACAGCAUUGCUCCAGGAAAUCAAGAUGCUGACUUUGUGGAUGCUAUUGUUAUUGGUGCUCAUCUUCUCAACGAAGCAACUCUGGGCAAAAAAGUUACAGAAAGAAAUAUUGUUAUGUUUUCAAACCUUGGCUCACCAUUUGGUAAUGAUGGUAUAGAAACUAUUUUAGAGGGAAUGAAAAACCUUGAAGUAAACUUUACUAUUGUUGGACCUGACCUUCACAGUGAAGACAAUGAUGACAAGCCAACAGACACCAUGCUGUCAUGUGAUGCCAAGACAUCUCAACAGAAACUAGGUGAAGAAUUUAUGAAGCGUAUUUUAUUUGAGGUUGAAGGACAAUCAUUUACCUUUAGUGAUAUUUUACAAAUGUUAACUUUUGUUGAGCAAAAAGCCAUUCGACAAACUACCGUUUUUCGUGGUCCCUUACAAAUUGGUUCCAAUAUUAAAAUCAAUGUUUAUGGCUACAUCAGGGUAAAAGAACUAAAGCCAGAUGCUUGGAAAAAAUUAUCUGCACCAGCCGAAGCAUCACCUGAGCCUGGAUCAAUGGGUGUUGUAACUCAGCGGUCGUAUCAUCGAAACGACGAUGACGACGAUGAUACAGAGGUGGUUAAGGACGAUCUGGCAAAAGCCUACCGUUACGGAAGAACGCUUGUACCGUUUUUAAAAAUCGAUGAAAAAAGUAUGAAGCUUGAGGCGGAUAAAUGUCUUGAAGUUCUUUGUUUCACUCCUUCGUCUUGUGUAAAACGAUAUCAAUAUAUGGGUGAUAGUGUUGUCGCUUUUGUACCUCAACCUGAGGAUAAUGCUGCUGCUGUCGCGCUGUCAGCCAUCAUACGGGCUUUGUAUGAGUCAGAUAAGGUUGCGAUUGUUAGAUAUGUGUUCAGAAACAAGGCUGUACCAAAGGUUGGCUUUCUUCGUCCGCAUAUCAAGAGAAACUACGAGUGUUUGUUGUACACAACUUUGCCGUUCGCUGAAGAUAUUAGACACUUCAAAUUUACUUCUUUACCUUCAAGCUUUAAACAUGAACCGAAGGAAAAACAAAUGGAAGCCGUUGAUGAUUUUAUAGAAAAUUUAAUUUUAAGUAAAGCCAACAGGUAUUUGAUGAAAAUGAUGGUGAAGACGAGGAAUUGCUCAAACCAAAAACUCUAUAAUCCUUAUCGACAACGACUACUGCAGUGUAUCAUUCAUCGCUCGUUAUAUCCUGAUGAGUCACUUCCUGAGUUUGACGAGGCCAUUGAAAGUUUGCUUAAACAACCUGAUGAUAUUGUUGCAUCAGCAGCUCCCUGUCUUCAAAAGUUAAAGACUGUCUUUCCACUUCGUGUUGUUGUAAAUGACAAGAACAAAAUGACGACGGAUAAUGUUUUUAAAUCAAAUAUUGAUCUUGGCUUGGAUGAUGAAGAACAUGAAAUAAAACGCCAAAAACUUUCUUCUGACGAAAAGGCAGCAGCAUCAAUGAAUGACCUAAACCCUCUGAAAGUAACGAAGGUGGGAACUGUGGAUCCUGUUGGGGAUUUUAUGCAUCUGGUUGGUCUUAAAGAGGCUAAUACUUUCGAUGAAGCAUCACAACAGUUGAAAGAUCGUAUUCAGGAGUUUAUAUUGGAUUCUUUUAAAGAUGAACUUUAUCCCAAAGCCAUAUCAUGUAUCCAUGCUUUAAGAAAGGAAUCCAUUAAGGCGAUGGAAGCUGAGAAGUUUAAUGCAUUUUUGUAUGAUUUGAAAACCAAACUGUCUGAGAAAACGUCGUUUUGGCUACGCUUAAAAGAAGAAAAUAUCUCUCUUAUCAAUUCUGGCGAAUGCUCCACAGUAAAUGUUAGCAUAAAAACAGCAAACUUGUUCAUUCACGAUAAUCAUGGAAAGAACGAUCUUGUAGACGAGGAAAUGGAAGAUGUUGAUGAUUUGUUGGAAACAAUCGGGCGAUGAAGUCAGUUAAGGAGCACAGAAAAUGAAGAAAGGUCAUCUUGUCGUUCAGCAUCCAAAUAGAAAAUGGAUAGCGAUAUUUUUCGUUUCGAUAUUCCCAUGUAAGUCGUGUUCAUCACCAUGGUCACCAUUUCUUGGACCGUGAAGACUGGGGCUAGCAUGUGGUAUCCGGAACAUGUUUAGUAAAAGGAAAUUUCUGAGUUACAUUGCAUGUUCAUAUUUAUUUUCACGUUGCAUGUUCGUUAAAGUAAUCAGUAAGUUGAAAUUUAGAAUUAGGACAUUUAAAAGAGGGAGACACCACGAAAAGGACUUGUCUACAUAUAUAGGUAUUUAUGUUGCAUAUAUGUGUAUGUAUGUAUGUGGAUAUAUGUGAAUAAUAUAAUAGCACGUCAUCAUAUUGUUUCGAAUACUAUAAAAUAGCGUCUUUAUUUACAUGAA